AUGCCUUUUGAAUCUUCAACCCUUGCGAGUCUUCAAGAGAUUGUCGAUGGCGCAUGUGCCGACCAGAGAGCUGGAAUUCCUGGCGUGACUGUUGUUCUUGUUAGUAGAGAUGGCGAAGAGUUGUUCGCACAUGCAGCAGGAAAAAGGGGCAUUGCUUCGAACGAGAAGAUGUCCCUCGACCACAUCUACUGGAUUGCAUCUUGUACAAAGCUUCUUACGGGCAUCGCAUGUAUGCAAUUAGUGGAACAAGGUACAUUGAAGCUGGACGAUGGAGAACAGGUUGAAAAUAUCUGCCCUGAGCUAAAGGAUCUGAAGGUGUUGCGGCCCGACAACUCUCUAGAAGAGAAGAGAGCCAAAAUUACCUUGCGAAUGUUACUGACCCAUACGGCUGGAUUUGGGUAUACUUUUUUCAAUGAAAGAUUGAGAGAUUGGGGAUUUCCCGCCGGGGUUGAUGAAUUCUCAGCGAGAUUCGAGGACAUGAAGAUGCCUCUGCUGUUCCAACCAGGACAGGGUUGGGAAUAUGGAGUAAGUAUUGACUGGGCAGGCCUCGUGCUCGAGCGAGUAACCGGUCUCACCUUGAACGCUUACCUACAAGAAAAAGUAUUUGCGCCAUUGGGCAUCAACGAAAUGUCAAUGAUUCCGACGAAGGAAAUGCGUUCCAAGCUAGCAUAUAUGCAUGCUAGAGAUAAGGAUGGUAAACUAAGGCCCAGAGAUCACCUGCUACGUAUGCCUCUGAUUGUCGAUCCUGAUGAUGCUGCUCAGACGAGCAAGGUGUUCAACAGUGGUGGAGCCGGCAUGUUUGCGAAGCCACAGGAGUAUUGCAAAAUUCUUGCCUCGCUGCUCAAUGAUGGCGUGUGUCCACAAACUGGCGCAAGACUGUUGCGCGCGGACACGGUGGAGGAAAUGUUUCGCAACCAAAUCCCACAUUUGCCAAACUACGGUAGACAGGGUAUCCCAGACGCUAAGCCGGACUUGACAAAUCCAAUACCACAGCUGUACCCCGUGAAAGGGGACCCUCCUCAGGGCUGGGGGCUUACUUUUAUGCAGAGUAAUGGCGGUGAAACAGGCCGGUCAAAAGGCACCGCCCACUGGGCUGGGCUGGCCAACUUGUGGUGGUGGUGUGAUCGCGAGAAGGGAAUAGCGGGGAUGGUGUGCACUCAGAUACUACCUUUCGCAGACACACAAGUCUUGACACUUUGGGGCCAGGUUGAGGCCGAGGCCUAUAAAGCCCUCAAGAGGGGUUGA